CAGGGUGGUGGAGGGGCUCAUGGCUUUAUAGACCUGUCCUGCAACUGGGCAUCACCUUGUGUUGCGAGUUUGCAAGAUCUCUGCUUGCUGUCGAUUUCGCAAUAUGGCUUCCGUGUCCAGCCUCUUCCAGUGCAGCGACCCAAAAAAGUGGCGUCAGGUCUCUGAUAUGUACUGGGAGGUUGUGGCCGCAAAAGGAGCAAAGCAGAAACAGUUCGUGGAGCUGGACAAAUGGUACCAGGAGGAGCUGCCCACCCGCAUGGCUGCUCGCCCUCAGAAGUCACUGACUCAGGAGGAGCUGGUGAAGCUCAUGGAGUGGAAGUUAAUGAAAGGGAAGUUCCGACCGCGUCUGAAGCAAAUGGUGUCAUCUAACCCAGCGAGUACGGUAGAGAGCUGCAGCAGGAAAGCGUUCCAGCUCCUCCCCGAUGUAUCUGCCGCCAUUGAUGAGCUGUGCCAGCUGAAGGGCGUAGGACCUGCCACGGCCUCUGCGAUCCUGUCGGCUGGUGCCCCAGACUUGGCGGCAUUCAUGGCAGAUGAAGCAGUGGAGAGCGUGCCCGGCCUCACUCCUAUACAGUACAAUCUGAAACACUACAUGAGGUACCUGGAGGAGCUGCGGAGGAAGGCUGAGGCCCUGAGCAAAGCCUCACAGGAGGAGUGGACUCUUCACAAGGUGGAACUGUGCCUGUGGACCUGGAAAGUAGCCCAAAAACUCUGCCCCAAGCUGCUGGAUUCCCUGGAAGAUGAGGAAGAAAAACCUACCAAGAGACUGAAGACACAACCAUGAGAUGUCCGCCAAGCCUUUUUUCUUCACUUGCCCCUUUAAGACAUGUUUCUAUAAUAGGGGCCCCUGCUGCAUUAGCUGAACCUGCAGGCCCCGUCCUUUGCUGUAUACCAAUCAUAAUGGUCCUAAAUCGAGUGCAGAGGGGACAAAUGAAAGCCUAUAAUGCACUUCACCCCAUUUCCCGGCAUUGUAAGAGAUGUACACGAAGCACAGUAAACUGAUAUUGGGAAUGACGUGAGCUAACAGCAGAACUACGCAUGCAGCUCUGGAGGUGACGUUACUAAAAAUGGCUUAUUGGCAAAGAAACUCGCAGCACCAGGUCCGUCAUGUACAGCAUGAUGAUUUUAUUCAGUCUUUUUUAAGCCAUCAUUAUUUUCCUUGUACAAAACAUUGCGACACAAUCUCCAUCAUAUAAAAUUAAAGGGAUUCGUCCCUGACUCCUUCCCAUGGGGUAUAUAUAGGAUUUUGGCACUUCAGACAUGUGUCAAGGGUUAACCGCAAAACAACCGGUUAAUAUGGCGACACAAUGCGACUCCUUAAAUACUACCUUAAUAUAUACUGCUUAUAAUUCAUGUUUUAUAAUCGUCCUGUUCUAUAUUGCUCAGAUUUUUUUUUUUAUGUAUUCACUGUUGAUUCUUGAAUAAAUAAUUUUUCUUAAAUACUUUUUUUUUUUAUCUUUAUAUAUAUAUAUAUAUUAUCAUUUUUGUAGAAUUUUACUUCUGCACAGUCAUAGUGUUUGCUGCCAUUUAAUUUUGCCUGCACUUAUUGGGAUUUUACUAAAAAUGUCUGCCACUACAUUAGAACUGUUUUUUUUCUUCAAAAUGGCUGCCAGUUGCUCUUAUUUCAUGUCAGAAUGCGUGCCACUUCCCCUUUGUUGCCUAUAGCAACCAAUCACAGCCCAGCGUUCCUUUGUGGAAAAAUGAAACUUGGGCUGUGAUUGGUUUCUAUGAGUAUCAAGGCAGUUUUUGAAAUGAGGCUCAGUGUGUUUGUUUCAACCAACCAGAGCCCAGCUUACAUUCCUAAUGUGCUGUGGGAAAAAUGAAACGCAGGCUCUGAUAAGUUGGUGUGGGCAAGAAGGACAUUUGCCAAGAAAAAGAUGUAGUCUGGUUUAAAAUGGCCGUCGGUUAAUCUUCUGAGGUGAAAAAUGGCUGCCUAUCACCUUCCUGUCCAUAGAAAGAUUGAAACGUAAGGAGAAGUCUGUGUUUUAGGUCUCUCUUAAAACGUUAUACAGCCUGUCUGUUUAUAAUGGUGCAGUAUGUGGAUUGACUGGAAUAUUUUUUAACAUCUUCUAGGCCGGUACGAGAUAAAAUCCUAAUGUGACAGGAUUCAGAUAGAGAAUUGUUCUAAAAGCCAAUUGACAUUCAUGUGUCUUCUAUCAAAACAUUAAGCAGUAAGUUGCCGACAGAUUAGCGCCGUGUCUCCUCUCGGCUGAGGAGAUGUUAUCAAAUUGACUAAAACUGAGGCAACUAUGAGGAGCUACAAAAUGCCAAUGGUGGGUUAUCAUCGGGCGCACGUAACUCCAGCUAAAUGGCAGAAAAAAUUAGUCACAUCCAAAGCUGCUC